AUGCUUCGCUGGUCGCUGGCGUCCAGGCUGCGAGGCUCAUUCAGAUUAGUUCAGACCCAAGCAGUCGAUUUUACCGCUCGCAAUGAGACCAUUUCCCAAAAUUUAAACCAUUUCUAUCCAUCUCUAUCAGAGCUCACAACUGUGACUACGUCGAUCUCACAUUUCAAAAACAAGUAUGCAGCUCUCGAAAACGACGACACGAGUGAACGGGAGGUGCUGCGCGCACGAAUCAAUUCCAUUCGCUCGGCUGGCAAAAAUAUGUGUUUUAUAGACGUGGCUCACGCCCAAAGCUCCAUGCAAUUGAUACUAAACUACAACUUGAUGACCAAACAUAUUUCAGAUAAAUCGUCAGUCACAAAAGAAGACUUCUUUCAACACGUCCAGAGUCUAAAACCCGGCGACCAUAUACAGGCCUGUGGCUUCCCGGGCUUUUCGCAACGAGAACGCACACUGUCAUUGAAAUGCACGCAAUUGAUCAGGAUAUUGGCUCCAGCGCUGCAAGCACUGCCUCCAAAACUUUCCGAUCCCGUAAAACGCAACCAAAAUCGUGUUCUGGAUUACCAGGUUAACGGGCACGACUCUUUGAUCGUCCGACACAAAAUUCUAAGUGCCAUUCGCGAAUUUCUAAACACCCGCACUUUUGUAGAGGUAGAAACUCCGAUCCUGUCGUCAAAGGCAAACGGCGCUGCCGCCGAGCCCUUUACAACUCGUGCCAAGAGCACAGGCAAAACCUUCGAGUUGCGUGUUGCCCCGGAACUCUGGCUCAAACGCUUAAUCGUUGGCGGGCUGGAUCAUGUUUAUGAGAUCGGGAAAGUGUUCCGCAACGAGGGCGUCGAUGCCACACAUAACCCGGAAUUCACCACGCUGGAAUUUUAUCAAUCGUAUGCCUCUAUGGAAGACUUGAUAGCACUCAGCGAGGAACUCUACCUCCACGUUCUGAGUAGCGUCGAUUCAGCUAUUGCGAAAGAUUUGAAGGAACCGUUCCUAGCGAACGGCGCAAAGUUCAAUCGGGUCGAGUUUCUGCCGUUUUUGCAAAAGGAGACCAAUGUGGAUCUAAGUGAAGUUGACCUCACGAGUUCUUCUGAGAUUACAGCGGCGUUUGCAUCCAAAGGAAUCAACCUUGAUACUGAUGGCAAAUCUCCGCAACAGAUCCUGAACUUUUUAUGUGGGCGCUACAUCGAAGACAAGUAUUGCAAAGGCAUUGUGCCCACGCUAAUAUACCACCAUCCUACCGUCAUGUCUCCCUUGGCAAAGGGGAACCCAGAGGACAGCAUGCUUACGAGCAAAAGAUUCGAGGUAUUUAUAGGUGGAAAGGAAUACAUUAAUGCUUACGAGGAAGAGAACUGUCCCGCUCUACAAUUACAGAAAUUCAUUGCGCAGCAGGAAGCUCACGACAAUUAUGGAGAUAAUGAGUCCCUAGCAGUGGAUAAUUCGUACGUGGAGGCAAUGAAAUGGGGAAUGCCCCCAAUUGGCGGUUUUGGAUUGGGCGUUGAUCGAUUGUGCAUGCUUUUGACCGGAAACACUAGGAUAGAGCGCGUUCUGAGCUUUGGCACAAUCGAUGAUAUUAGUAGACAAUAA